UAUCUUACAAAUUAUAUAAGUGCGAGUGUAGCUGUUCGACACUCAACAUCAGUACGUCGCAUUGAUCAGUUCUAUUAUGUAAUGAAAGCAAUACUGUGUGAAUUCCGAUAGAAAUAAUCGUUGACAUAUUGAUAAUUCGUAGUAGAUCGUGAGUAAAAAAGCAUCUUAAAAUGUGGUUCUUUAAUCAAAUGUGUACGAGCAAAGCACGUCUUGAUGGUAAAACUGUUGUGAUAACGGGAGCAAGUGGUGGUAUCGGCAAGGAGACUGCCAGAGACUUAUAUGGAAGAGGCGCUAGAGUAAUUCUGGCUUGCAGAAAUCUGGAAAAAACAAAUAAAGCAGUUGAAGAUAUAAAAAAUAAUCCACCAUCGUGGACAACGAAGGAUGAAUAUAAGAAUAACGUAGGUGAGCUCGCGAUAUAUUUUCUCGAUCUAUGUAGUUUGAAGAGCGUAAGAGAAUGUGCCAAAAGGUUGAUGACGAACGAAGCAGCUAUUCAUAUUCUUAUAAAUAAUGCCGGUGUGGCUGCAUGUCCGUAUGAGAAGAUGGAGGAUGGAAUCGAAAUGGCAUUACAAGUAAAUCAUCUUGGCCAUUUUCUUUUGACACUUAUGUUGCUGCCAAAGAUGCAAUCGUCUUCUACCAAUUGCAGAAUAAUCAACGUCUCAUCUUAUGCUUAUAUUGCUGCAAACAUAGAUUUCGAUAUGAUUAAUGAUAUUAAUAUGGAAAGAUCUUAUUCAUUGGUUUUACGAUAUGCACAAACUAAAUUGGCAAAUAUUUUGUUCACCAAGGAACUCGCUCGUCGAUUAAAAGGUAUGCCGAGAAAGGAAACGUUUCCGAUUAGGAUACAUCACAUUCACUUAAUACCUGCUAAUUAAUACUUAUUGUUAGCA